AUGUCAACUUGUUACCGACCUACUUUAGCCGACAAUUCAACAUUCGACGUAUGUUGCUUCGACAAUGCCGAAUGCGCUGAGAAGGUCUGCGGAUCAUUCGAUAUACUCCAACAACCCCCUAACAACAUAAAUAACUCGGUGGUUCAGGCAAACGGAACUCAGUACUGCUAUGGUUGGGCCGACCUGAUGAAUCAGAGUUACACCACUUUCCAGAAUGCGACAUGUGGGAAUACAGGGUUCCAAUGUACGAUCGGUAAACAGUCUCUGCACUCAUCAUCAACAUCCAGUUCAACAUCAAGUUCAGCCUACACGCAUACCUUGCAUCCGACCUUACUAGGAAUCUGGAUAAUCGGUUUAUGGUUUUUAGCCAGAUUCAGUGAAAAUUGA